UUUGAGAACCACUGAUUACUGCGCUAGUGAUGGAUAUCAACACUCUUUUCAAGGGUAGAUUUUGUUGCUUUCCCAAGGACCCGCUUGAAGAGGCUGAGACUUGGGGAGAGUCUGUGGACAAACUCCUGGGUUGUAAACCCGGGCAGGCGGCUUUCCGAGAAUUCCUUAAAUCAGAGUAUAGUGAGGAGAAUAUUCUGUUUUGGCUGGCCUGUGAGGAGUACAAGAACAUCACGUCUCUUCCAGAGAUGAUCUCAUCUGCAAACAGGAUCUACUCAGAGUUUGUGGAAUGUGAAGCACCGAGACAGAUCAAUAUUGAUUGUGGGACCAGAGAAAAUAUCACCAAGAACAUCUCUCAGCCGAGCCUGACCUCUUUCGACACGGCACAGAAGUUGAUCUACAGUCUGAUGGCCAGGGAUUGUUACCCACGAUUCCUCAAGUCAGACGUCUACCAGGAUAUGCUGAGGGGAGCAAGGUGACUCUCUCAAACGACAAACAAUCUAAAAGUGUUUCUCAACCUUUUAUGUACCACAGAUUGGCAAGAUAUAUAUAGUCCCUCCAUCCAUGGAGGACCACUUAGAUUAAAGGGGUAGUUUACUUUUUGGAGGUGUUAUCUUAUUUUCAAUUGACCUAGGGUUUUGUUACCUGGGAUGUAGUUUAGCGAUGUACAGAAUAUCCUGGCUAGAACGUUUUAACCUUUUAUGGCAGUGGGAUAAAUCAGGGUCGCACGGAGUGACUCUUGGUGGUCUUAAACAAAUCUACUUUGAAACAAAAGUAUACGACACACACAUGG